CAGAGAAGUAACUUUCAAUUUAUAACUUACGUUUAUAAUUCAUUAUUAAUAUUGACUACUAAGUUUAACUUGUAUCGUUGUGACUGUGAAGAGAAUAUUAUACUAUAACAGAUGUAUGCAGGAUAUCUGUGUUGGCAGCAUUGUAUACUAUUGAGCACGUUUUGUGUUUAGUUUUGUGAAUAAUGUUUUAUGAAAAGAAUUAUGCCAUAAAAUGACAAUGGCAGAAGAUAAUGCGAUUGAUAUAUCUUUGAACAUUAACUCUUCCCCAGUAAAACCGGAUGAUUUGCGUAGGGGAGAGAAGAGGAAGAGGAGGAGGCACGUGGAGCCUGCUGUCACUUCAGAGAGGCAGGAGCAGUCUGUAACUGAAGAAACAGCUGAAGAGGGCCCAGAUUGCAAGCCACAAGGCUGCAUUUCCUCACUGUUUGUAAACAAUCCAGACAUCCCUGUAUUUGCUCACCAUGUCGUGAAGCCAGUAUCAGAGCCUGUCUUCUCUUCACAGAAUUUCAGAGACCUGCCAAUACAUCCCUUCAUGAUAUCAAACCUGGACCUGAACCUGGGCUUGCACAAGCUAACGACCGUUCAGGAGAAGGCUCUACCUGUGGUACUGUCGGGAAAAGAUGCUUUGAUCAGGUCACAGACGGGAAGUGGCAAAACAUUGGCAUAUGCACUGCCAAUUGUGGAGGCUUUGCAGGUGGUGAGACCCAAAAUAUCAAGGGCAGAUGGAGUUCAGGCGGUUGUGGUGGUACCAACGAGGGAGCUAGCACUGCAGACAUAUGAGUGGUUUGUCAAACUGGUCAAGCCAUUCACAUGGCUUGUGCCUGGAUACCUUGUUGGUGGGGAAAAGCGUAAAGCAGAGAAAGCUCGCCUGAGGAAAGGUAUCACAGUGUUAGUUGGCACACCUGGACGCCUUUUGGACCAUGUUCAACACACAAAGUCACUGCAGUUCGACAAGGUUGGCUGGCUUGUUGUGGACGAAGCAGACAGGUUGCUUGACAUGGGUUACGAGAAGGACGUUGCCAGCUUCAUCAAGACACUUGAUUUGCAGCGGCAGGGCGAUCGGCAGACAGUGCUGCUCUCUGCAACGUUGACAAGUUCUGUGAAGAAGCUCGCAGGUUUGGCAUUGCAGUCUCCAGUGUUUAUCGACGCUGCCUGCGACGAGUCCCUAGUGAGUCAUCUGGUGAUCCCACAGAGCCUGACCCAAUUCUAUGUUGUAACACCAGCCAAACUUCGACUGGUGACAUUAUCAGCCUUCGUCAUCUGGAAAUGUGAGAUGAGCGAUAAGCGCAAGAUGCUGAUAUUCUGUGCAACACAGGACAUGGUCGACUUCCACACUGAGCUGCUGGCGCGAGUGUUGGGUGGGUCUGCGCAAGUGAAUGUUGAGUUUUUCAAACUGCAUGGCAACAUGACCCAGAAGGAACGAACGGAUGUGUUUAAGACGUUUCGAGCCGCUGACUCAGGGGUUCUCCUCUGCACAGACGUGGCCGCGAGGGGGCUAGACCUGCCCCAUGUGGACUGGAUAGUGCAGUUCACAGCACCCUCCUCUGCCGCAGACUAUGUCCACCGCGUGGGGCGCACUGCCAGAGUGGGGAGCGCUGGUGCCGCGCUGCUCUUCCUGACACCGAGUGAAGUGCAGUUCAUCCGACAGCUAGAGGACAGACGAAUCAGGUUGCAGGAAGAGACGAUGGAUCGCUGUUUGAAAAAGCUGCAGGAUGCUCAGAGAGAUUCGUCGCUGGAGACCGCUGCUACUGGACUGCAGGCGCGCUUUGAGACCGCAGUGCUGGAGCAUAGAGGGUUGCAUGACCUUGCCUGCAAGGCCUACGUCUCCUGGGUUCGAUUCUACGCGAGCUACCCGAAGGAGGCCAGGCCUGCUUUCAACUUUAAGGAGGUUCAUCUCGGUCACUACGCUAAGAGCUUCGCCCUCAGGGACCCGCCGUCCACCAUCGGGGGGAUUGGACGCCAGCAGUGGCAGCGGGGCAGAACGUCACGCGAUAAAAAGGGAUCCAGCUCUGAGCUCGGACAGGGCUACUCAACUUUGACACAUUUGGUGACAUCAGAGUUCUCCAGCGGACUGGAGUCUGGCCGCAAAAAGAGACGCAAAGGGAAGCAGUGACAAUCAAUAAAGUGGUUUGUGCUGCCGUA